UCUCUUACAGAAUAUUUAACCCUUCCAGCGCACUGGCUUACAUCAACCCAACAGUAGUAAAUUGAACCUCGCAACUUUAUAUGAUCUCAAAAUGCUUCAUCUGGCCGCCGGACUCAUUUGCGUCUAUGCGUGUGUAGUUGUCUAUGGGCAAGAUGAAAAGGGAGAGCGUUUUCUUUGUACAGCUGUUCCCAUUGACAAGGAUACAAGUUGCCCCGUGCAGACUCUGCCUUUUCAAAGUGCUACGGGUCAGGAGGAAGAACUGAGAAAUACUGUCAUGCAACUUCGAGAGACGAUCUUACAACAAAAGGAGACAAUUGUCAAUCAAUUAGGAACGAUAAAGGAGCUGACGUCUAAACUGUCACGCUGUGAGUCUGAUAUUGAGUCCUUUCGGGAAAACAACAAGGACACGAUGGAUGAUGUGCCUAAAGACCCGAAUGACACCAUUGACGUUCUUGGAAAAACAAUGCAGAGUCUAAAGGAUCGAUUAGAAAAUCUAGAGCAACAACAAAUACGGGCCAAUAUCUCUGGUGCUUCUUUCCCUAAUGAGCUGAGAACUCUACUGCAGCGUAGACUGGAGGAUCUGGAGAAUCAACUGCUGAAGAAGGUCAAUGAUCUUGAGGCAGAGAAGUCUCAGCUAUAUAAUGAUACAGCAGCUCAUCACCAGCGCACAGACAAUACCCUCAACUCUCUCAUGAACAGGAUCUCUGAAUUAGAAAAAGGAGGAGCUGGAUUCAAAUCACCAGAGAGUUUCAAAAUCUCUCUUCCUCUACGAACUAAUUAUCUUUUUGGACAAGUAAAGAAAAGCCUGCCAGAAAUGUACGCCUUCACUAUUUGCAUGUGGCUCAAGUCAAGUGCAAGUCCUGGCAUUGGAACCCCUUUUUCCUAUGGAGUUCCUGGGCAAGCAAAUGAGAUUGUACUGAUUGAAUGGGGCAAUAACCCCGUAGAACUGAUCAUCAAUGACAAGGUGGUGCAACUGCCUCUAUCACUGAGUGAUGGUAGAUGGCACCAUGUCUGCAUCACUUGGACUACCAGGGAUGGGCUGUGGGAAGCCUACCAGGAUGGCCAACGGUUGGGCUCAGGAGAGAACCUGGCCCCCUGGCACCCUAUCAAGCCUGGUGGAGUCCUUAUCCUUGGACAAGAGCAGGAUGUAGUAGGGGGUCGCUUUGAUGCCAACCAGGCCUUUGUGGGGGAUCUGAGUCACUUUAACAUCUGGGAUCGGGUCCUGCGCUCCACGGAUAUCAUCGCCAUGUCAAACUGCUCAUCCUACAUCUCUGGGAAUGUGGUGGCCUGGGUUGACAGUAAUAUAGAGGUGUUUGGUGGUGCUUCGAAAUUGCCACUUAAGCUUUGUGAAGACCAGCUCUUUGACAGUUAAAGAUGUUUGUGGAUAUUAUAGAGAUAUAUUAUAUCCUUUCAUCCUCAUUAAAGAUUCACUCAAACCAGAAGUGGAGGACCUUGUUUAGCUAAAUCAACUUAAACAAUAUAUUUAACUUGUAUAUGUUCUUCAAUAACAACAUACAGAUAAAUGUAAUUGCCGGAGUGGAGCAAAUUUUAGUUGAUAUAGUUGAUAUUUGUGGCUAAAGGAAAUUACCCAUAUAAGAAACUAAUGAAUCAGUACCAUGGUACUGUCAUGGUAUCAGAUGGUACUCAUGGUGUUAUCAUAUCUAUAAUAUACAUAUGAAACAUAUCAGAUUAAUGAAUGAUUCCCAAUUGCAUACUAUGCUAAUUACAUGGUACUCCAAGAAAUGUCAAAGAAUUCACUACCAAAACAUUUUUAUGGUACUUUUUUGUAAGUGUAAUUACUCUUUCACAUUCACACAUGCGUGCGCACAUACACGCACACAUACAGUCUUGCUGACAAGAAUCCCUUCUUUUUAUUUUACCUGUCACUUUAUGACCCCUCUGUUCUCACAACUUGUUGGUGUACACACAGAAGCACACACACACACACAUAUACAUAUUAUCCUGCUAGAACAUGCUUGCAGAUUUUGUAUAUUAAAAGAGAGCAUUGUCACUUUUUUCAGUUCGCACAUCCUUGUGGCCCUACGGAAUUUAAGAGCCAAAGCUAACAUGCUAACUUUUCAUUACAAAGCUGUAUUUGACUUUGAUUGAAAUAAGAAAAAGGGUACACACGGUAUAAGAAAGACUACUUUUGGACCUUGUGUUGUUCAAUUCAAAGAUUUGAAACAGAGAAUGGGUGAAAACAUAUUUACAGUGGCCCUUUACUUGUAUAGUUGUACACUUUAGCAUUAGCACAACUGUGAAAGUGACAAUUUUGUGUUAAUGCACCAUACUGUACAUUCCUUUAAAAAUGUCAUAGGCUUAUAAUUUAUGUAAGAAUAUUGAGAUGACACUCUUUUUAGAGUCUAAACCCCAUCUUUGUUUAAAUGUUUACACUGAUUGAAAACCCCAUUGAAGGUUAUAAAUGCUCUAAAGACUCUCUAUUCGGAAGAAGCAUAAUGAAAUGUGAA